AGACAGCCGUGCAGCACAAAAAACCAUCUCGGAUGCAUGCUUUUACGACCUGUGCAAGCAGCAAAGCAAAGGCAAGACUCUUGUCACUAUUUUCGACGACGUUGUGGUGUGAGUGUUGACUGGCUCAUCAUCACCAGAAGAACACAAGAUACCCACCGAGAACUUUGGUCAGGUGUAGCAGCAGUCGCUUGGGUAUAAAGUAGUACUCAUCUCCUCAAGCUAUUAUCAUAGUACUACCCUUGCUACUUUGAUACCUUUGGCAGCUCCUGACUUGACAAUGACCACCUCCAGCACUAGUAAGCGGAUCCGAAGCCGCCGUUGCAUUUGUGACGAUGCGCGGCAAUGUCAAGGUAUGAGUUUGGCCUUUCAAAUGCUGCACGAUCCUCGCGGAGGGUUUGUCGACGUACCGCCUGCCUGUUCGAGUCCCCCCGAGUACGAGUACCUGCAUCGACAGUACUUGUUGCGACGAGCCUACUUGCGCCAUCUGCAGCCCAGACUCUUGUUGCGAACUACUACUACUAGUACAAGCAGUAAUCAUAGUGAUGACUCGGACGAGGAGUUUGUGGCACUGCACCAUUUCCAUCCUAAAGUGGUUCGCAAGGUCUUUGCCGAAACCGCAACAGGACGAGGCCGCAGUCUGCACAAGUACCAAGUGCCACUGACACUGACGCCCAGGGAGAUCCAAAAGUUGCGUCUCACGCUCGAGUCCGUGAGCAGCGAGAAGGACCGCGUCACCAAUGUCAAUGGUCAGCCACAAGACGAGUUCUUCUUUGUACCCCAUUAUCCAAUGGCAGAUGCCUAUGAAGACCUCAAACAGCUCUCACGGGCCGAGAGAAGUCCGCAUGAUAUAUCCACGGAUGUAUACCAGAAUGCCAAGAAAGCCGCGCAGGCACAAAAGGAACAACAGCAACUACAAAAGCAAAAGGAAAAGGAACUCAGGAGAAAGAAAAAGGCGGAAAGCAAAAAGAAAGGCAAAAAGACUUCUCCAAAAAAGAAUAGAGAACCCAACAACCAGCAGCAGCGACAACAACCACAACAUCAAAAUCAGCCACGGAACGAGCCAGCCAUCGCCAUGCCACAACCUCAGGAGCCAAAGACUGCUUCGGACAGUAGCCAAGGAACGCACUCCUCGUCAAAUAUUAAUAAUAAUUGGAGGAAGCAACCCAUCGCUGGGCACUCGGCCAGUGAAAGCGCUUUUGCUGCGGCAGACAAUCACAACAACAUUCGCCGACCGGAUGGAUUUGACUUGACCGCUGUCACCACUUUGGAUUCCAAUGCCGCAGUGGCGGGGUCUUCGCGCAUAGCACUGGACGUGUCCGACAGAGCUGUGGCGGGUUCCUUCAAAAAGGAAUCAACCAAGCCCGCAGAAGCAGUCGACAACAAUAACAACAAACGACACUACUUGACCACCGAUCUGGUCCUCUCGGGUCACUCCGAUGAGGCCAUUGACGGGUCCAAUCUUAUCCUCUCGGGUCACUCGGGGGAGGCAGUCGCGGGAUCCACGACCAAUAUUAGUAUGGUACUCUCGGGUCACUCGGAUGCGGCCACUGCAGGUUGUCCCAUGGUGGACGCUUCCGAAGUAUCCUUUGCCAUUGAGGACCUGCGAAGAAGAAGAAGGAGUAGUGCCACAACCAACAACAACAACAACAGUAUGGACAUUUCCAACACGACCGUGGUCAGUGGCAAACCACGCAAAUCGUCUUUUUCGCUUCAUGGCAACAACAACAACAAUAGCAACAACAGCGAUUUGGGUGCAUCGGAUUCGGCAGUGGUACUGUAUGGCAUGUCGGCGUCGUCGCUUCAGGUCACAGAUCCGGCAUUCAUGCACGCUUCAGCGACUGGGAGUUCCUUUCAUGCGUCGGAUGUCACCCAGCGAGCUUCGGGGGGCAAAAGAAUCAACAACAUGGAUGUCUCGGAUUCCACCAUUCCUACAUCCAACGUGGCGGGUGCGCGACGCAGCAAAUUCAACAGCAGCCAAGAUGUCAACUGGGGAUGGGGAUCCACUCUCUCAGCGGCUCAGAUUGCAGAGGACAUUCCCAUGGAGGUGCCAGAGGAAGAGGAACCCACGGAGGUUCCAGAGGAAGAAGAAGAACCAACAACCACACAACCGACUUCCACACAACUACCGGUAGUAUCUAGUGAUGAACGACCGCCUCUGCCUACCAAGAGAGCCAAGAGCCUCGUACACGCACAAGUGGCCAUGGAGAUGCCUCAGGAGACAUUGCCCAGAAGAAAGAGUGAUUUUGUCCAAGCUUCUCCAAUGCCGGAUGACAUGAUGGGUGGUAGGAGUCAUAUGGUAAUCGUUACAAAGGACUCGCCACCCAUGAAGAGAAAAUCAAUGAUGCGAGACAGCAUUCGUAGCGAACUGGUGGCAACAAUCCCCGAAAGCUCCGUGUUGAUGCCACCAACAACCACAAAUAAUCCAUCAGUUGCCCACAGCGACAAAGAUGAGAUGGAUGUGUCUGCCAGUGAUAUGCGAUUCACAAGCUCUCCAAUGGCAACAUCAAGAAAGAUGAGAGACAUGUCGCCGUCAACACCCAAGAGAGUGCUUUCCGUUAGAAACAUUCAGAUGAGUGAUGAGCUGGAAGAGCUAGCCAAGCUUGACUCCAUGAAAAAGUUAGAGGAUGACAGCUCAAAGUGGGAAGAAAGUGAAUCGAAAAGAAUGAGCAAAAGUGACGGAGAUGUUCUGGUUCGAAGAGCAACCAUGGAUACCAUGGGUCAAUCGAGCCGUCAGAACAAGGAGUUUUCUCGACGACGCAGUGCACCUUUGCGUUCCAACAGCGAUUCUUCGGGGGUGAAAGAGAUGUCUUCGUGCGCCCAGGAUGGAAAAGUGAGAAGAUUCCAUAGCGCACCCCGUCGAACUAGGAGCGGGUCUCAUCACCACGGACAAAGGCGAAUGCCGUCUCGGACCAGGAGUAGCGACAGCGUAAGAAGAAUGCCUUUGCGAACAAGGAGCAGCGAUGGGGGUGCAAAACGAAUGCCUCCUCGAACAAGGAGCAGCGACAGUGUCGAAUUUCCUCGUCUUCGUCGUUGGUCCUAUCUCUCUUCGAGCCGUUCAAAGAGCGACGACUCAAGGCGUCGCCGCUCUGACUCGUCCGUGUUUUCAUCUUGGGGUAGUGAGGGCAGCAAAACAAUGAUGAGUGACAUGUCGGGAAAAUCAAAAUUGGGAGCCACGAGAAGAAUCGAUAACACCAAAAGGGCGAUGCAGCAGUACUGCGACUUUCAGCGAAGUGAGACUACCAUUGGCAGCCAUGAUUGUGAUGCACGAGUCCCACGUCGAUUGAGGGACAAGCCAUCAAGGACUAGGAGCACUUCUCCAGCAAGACCCAGGAGUGAAUCGCCAUGUUCACCGUUGCGUCGAGGUAGACGCACAGCAAUAGUUGCCACGAAUGGUGACGAAUUGUUUAAGGCGCGAACAAAGAGGAUGCCUCGUCGCACAAAGAGUGUCGAUAGCUCGAUGGACGCUUCGUUCUCCUCUCUGGUGGCCAUGAGGCAAGUGGUUGGAAAGAGAGUCAGUGACCCGUCUCCAACAAGAAGCCGUUCGAAGAGUCCACCGCCAUUAAUGCGGGCGAAUACUGCUGUCCAGAACCGCUCAGGGACACGGUUUGGUGCCAGUGACGACGGUAAGAAAACCAGUGACCCGACAAUGAAACGUUCACUGAGUCCAGGCCCGGCGCUAAGACGGGCGCAAACAGUUGACACGAUACAUGGUACAAGGUCACGUCACAAGAGCAGAGCACUGGCGACUCUUCAAGAAAAGAAAGUAGUUAGUCUCAGUCCUCGCAGGUCCCCAUCCCGCACCAAGAGCGAACUUUCACCGACUGUAAGACGCGGCAACCGCCAGAUUAAGAGAAUCGACUCAUCUCUUCGAGCCAUGAAGCAAUUCGUGCACGACAAUGGCACAGCCAGCGAUUUCACAAGAACUCGUUCAAGGAAUCGGCUGCACAAGACGAGAAGUAUGUCGCCAAAGAGAUGCCGUUCCUCAGCUCCGGAGUAUCGGGUCUCGCCAACUCUGGGAGGUAGCACUGCUGACAUGGAUAUGUCCAGUUCGGACGCUGUUGGCCAUGACUCGGAGGAAAAUGCUGGAAUCAGUAUGCCUGAGAUGAAUGCUUCCAGUCCGGCUGCGCUGGGAGACAAAGCCUUGAGGGUAAGGUGCACCGGCAGGUCCGGGUCAUGCCCGGCUCAGGCAAUGCAGAUAGCUACAACGCGUACGGCUGAAGCCAUUAACCCGGACUCCAUUGGGAGUAGCACUAAACACUCUUCGGUCAGCAGUGAUGGCGCUGCCUCCGCUCACAGCAGGUCAGACUCGAGUGCUGGAGAGGAUGCUCGUCCUUCCGUUGUCGCCGAAAUCGGAGAGCUGCACAAACAAACCUCGGUAAAGCUGCAAGAUCUGCACGAGGAGACCAUCAACGACGCUGAAACAGGACAAUUGCGCAAACAACCCUCGGUGAGACUUGAAGAUCUUCAGCAAGGGAACAGCAACGACGCCAAGUCGGCUUCUGAGGCACAACCUGUCGACGCUUCUUUUCGCAUCGACGACCUGAACGCCGCAACGGCUGACGGUCACCAAUCUAUGAAUCUAGAUGCAUUGAAGCCAGACUAUGCGAAUGGAAUAAUACCAGCCGGAUUCAACUUCUCGUUUCCCAGGAUGGCAAGGCAGGAUCGGAAGAAAGAAGUGGACUGGGAAUCUCUAGGUUUCUGCUCCACUUCCACUUUGCAGGUUGCUUUGGACGACGAGAAGAGUCCAAUGUCGUUUGGUCUACCCCGCAGACUGGUUGCAAAGAAAUUCAGGCAGCAGCUUCUUUCGGAAGUUGUGGUAACCGCCCAUCGCCGCCAAAGUAUUGUGGCGAAACGGACCAAGGAGGAAUCUGCAAAGAGAAGGGACUCUGAAAUCAUCCUUAAGGAAAUUGUCCAGGCGGUGAAGAAGGUGGACCCCGUUUCGGAAGAGGACGAAGAACCCAACUUGGGUUACUUACCAGGUUCCCUUCUCCAAGGGGGCAGAGCUGGAAACCUGGACUUUGACGACGACGAGCCCACAUAUUUACCAGGCGCCCUUCUCCAAACUAGAGCAGGGAAGGCCGAUGAUGAAGGACCAAGUUACUUGCCUGGUGCCCUGACAAAAGUUGACAAAGCAGGAAAGCUCAAUGAAGGGGCUAGCCGCCAGAUUAGUUUGCAGCAGUUCAUUAAUCGCGGGUCUUCGCACGGGUCUCUCGAACAAGGGUCGGCGCAUGUGUCGUUGAGUAUUGAGCAAGUGUUCACCGGCGGGAAGGACACCAAACCUUCGCAGCGGUCUUCUUCGGAGACAAAGUUACCGAAAUCCGCUCAGAACUCGUCUAUGAGUCUUACCCUUAGUCGAGUGUUUGAAGAAAGCGAAGAGAUCACUGCGAAGGCUGCUUCCAAAGAUGCUGGUUGUGAGUUGGACGAGAGUGGUUGCAUGGAGCGAGAGAAGCUCAGGACUGUGUUCCCGUUCAGGAAUAUCAAAGAGAAGAAAAGGGAUUCUCCGCAUUCAUCAGGUGGCGAGACCAAGGCCCCGCAUGUUGCUCAAGACCAGAAAACUACGAGGCCAGAGCAACAUGUACCCAACAGCCCCAGAUCGAUUCCGCUUCAGCACGUUGCCCAAGACCAGAAAACUACGAGGCUUGUAGAGCAACAUGCACCCAACAGCCUCAAGGCGGUUCCGCUUCCACCUGUUUCUCAAGACCAGAAAACUACGAGGCCAGAGCAACAGGUAGUUCACAGCUCCCAAUCAACACUUCUUCCCAACAUUAGGGAGGGAGACACUGAAGCAAAUGGAGAUCUGGGAGCUGUGCUGGGGGCCGAGAAACUUGCAGCUCCCAAAAAUUCUGAAGCUGCAGCUCCAAAGAAAUCCGAGGCUGCAGCUCCAAAGAAAUCCGAGGCUGCAGCUCCAAAGAAAUCUGAGGCUGCAAGUGUUCAGGAUGUUCCCCCUCCCCUCAUGCCAAUCACAGCCAAGCAACCACCAAGGCAGUCGCCAGUCGAAGAAAACGUGUUGCUACCUCAAUCAGAGGAAACCAGUCGCAGUGAGCAAAAGGCCGGCGCAAUGAGGAUGAGCAGUACUCGAUUCAAUCCACCAGAUAGUUUCGACCACUACUCCACAACAACGUGUGCAUCGUCGUCUCACGCAGUUGUCGCAGAGCUUGCAUCAGAGAGCUCCUCCUCCUCGAUGUCGACUUGGUCAAAGUCGGGCUCGAAUGGAGGCAGCAAAGCUAGCGCUCCAGAUUCGCCAUUCAAAGAGUUUCAUCUGUCAUUUCCCCCAGCGCAGGCCACGGCCUCGAGGACGCUCCCAACACCAGAGCUUUGCAUGUCGCCACGGCCACCGAACAAGCCCCGAGCGAGGAGUAUGUUCCCCACUACAAAUGGAACCUGUACGCAAACGAACUUGGACCAGAAAAUCGGUGCAAUGGACGCACCCGUCUCAAUGCGAGAAAUCAAAUUUACGCCGCUCUUCGAUUACAAUGAAAAAGCAAGUACAGCGGUACAGCGACCACACCAGAAGCAAAUACAGCCUAGGACGUAAAUAAUAAGGUCUACAAUAGGAAAGCUUUUCAACUCGAUGGAACCAAGCC